UUGAAUUGGGUUGUGAUGUUAUCAACAAGUACAACCCAUAAUGUGAGAUUUCCAAACAUUGAGCAGGGUGCUUCAGGAGUUGGGAUUGGAAAUUUUGAGGAGGUUGGGCCUUUGGACACAAGCUUGAAGCCACGCAAUUCCACAUGGUUGAGAAAAGCAGAUCUCUUGUUUGUGGACAAUCCAGUUGGAACGGGGUACAGUUUUGUGGAGGACAAAAAGCUCUUUGUGAAAACAGAUGAGGAAGCAGGCACUGACUUGACUACAUUGUUGAUUGAGAUAUUCAAUGGGGAUGAGAAACUGCAAAAGAGCCCUCUGUUCAUUGUGGCAGAGUCAUAUGGCGGCAAAUAUGCUGUCACUCUUGCGUUAUCUGCUCUCAAAGCUAUAGAAGAGGGGAAAUUGAAGCUUAUACUUGGAGGUGUGGCAUUAGGAGACAGUUGGAUCUCCCCAGAAGAUUUUGUGUUCUCAUGGGGUCCUCUCCUCAAAGACCUCUCAAGACUUGAUGAUAAUGGACUGCAAAAAUCAAACAGUAUAGCUGAGAGGAUCAAGCAGCAACUUGAGGAGGGUAAAUUUGUUGAUGCCACCAACUCAUGGAGUGAACUUGAGUCAGUGAUUUCUGCUAGCAGCAACAAUGUGGACUUCUACAAUUUUUUGGAAGAUGAAGGAAGUAAUGACUUAUCAGCAAUGGAGUUGGGGUUAUACAAAGAAAUAUCGAUGAAGAGGUACUCAAGGUAUCUUACUUUCUUGAGGUCAAGGUCAACUCCUGGUGGUGAUAAUGAUCUUGACGAGUUACUAAACGGUGCCAUAAAGAAAAAGUUGAAGAUCAUCCCUGAGAAUGUCACAUGGGGAGGGCAGUCAAAUGAUGUUUUUACAUACCUUGAAGGUGAUUUUAUGAAACCAAGAAUUAAUGAGGUUGAUGAACUGCUGGCAAAAGGAGUCAAUGUGACUGUGUACAAUGGACAAGUUGAUCUGAUUUGUGCAACCAAGGGGACUGAAGCUUGGGUUAACAAAUUAAAGUGGGAAGGGCUUAAAAAUUUCUUGGGGAAAGACAGAACACCCCUCUACUGUGGAAGUGACAAAUCGACGACCAAAGGCUUUGUUAAGUCAUACAAAAACCUUUACUUCUAUUGGAUCCUCAAAGCUGGACAUUUUGUAAGUCAACAUCAAUCACCUUCUCAACAGCUAUGCAUGAGUUUUCAAUGCAGCAAUACAGUAUUACUAGCAUCAAACAAAGUCACUUGCCUUGUGCUCAUCCUCACGUCAUCUUCUACAUUAAGAAAUAAAAUAAAUAAUUACUACUUAGAGUCAUGAAGAUAUAAAGACCACAAUCCAAUUCUUCUACUAUUAUAAAGGUUCACUUUGAUAUUCACUACAAA